UCCUGCCCUGGGCAGCGCCGUGGCCGUUGGGCUCCGCGUGCCGGCGCCUCACACUCCUCCCUGAGGCGGCCGCACCCCCCCCCCCCGCCCAGACGCGCUGCCGGAAGGGAAAGAUGGAACAACCGGUGUCACGGCGGAAUCACCGCACCCCUCCCCGGGGGCAGAGCCUCCUCGAACCCCCUCGGACCCCUUCUUCCCCCGCUCACCAUCGCCUCAGCUCCGCCGUUCUGGAGAGCGGCUGCGCCACAACCUCCAACCGCCGCGUGCGUCGUCACGAGGGGGCGGUGCCUCCCCUUUCCCAGCGUGCCCCGCGGUGGGGGCGCGUGGCCUCCGUCACGUGCUCUGUCGCCCGCUAUGGCGCCGCCGCAGCCCGGCGCUCUCUGCCUCUUCGAUGUGGACGGAACCAUCACCGCCCCGCGGCAGAAAAUGGUCUUGUAGCUUACAAAGAUGGGAAAUUACUGAGCAGGCAGAACAUUCAGGGUCACCUGGGUGAGGACAUACUUCAAGAUCUAAUCAACUACUGCCUGAGUUAUAUUGCAAAGAUUAAACUCCCAAAGAAAAGGGGCACUUUCAUUGAGUUUCGAAAUGGGAUGUUAAAUGUGUCCCCUAUUGGAAGAAGCUGCAGCCAGGAAGAACGAAUUGAGUUCUAUGAACUUGAUAAAAAAGAACAUAUAAGAGAGAAAUUUGUAGCUGAUUUACGAAGAGAAUUUGCAGGAAAAGGCCUCACAUUUUCUAUAGGUGGCCAGAUAAGCUUCGAUGUGUUCCCAGAUGGCUGGGAUAAGAGGUACUGCUUGGGAAUCAUUGCUAAUGAUGGAUACAAGACUAUUUAUUUCUUUGGAGAUAAGACAAUGCCAGGAGGGAAUGACUAUGAAAUUUUCACAGACUCCAGAACACAAGGUCACACUGUCACAUCCCCACAGGAUACAAGGAGAAUCUGUGAAGAUCUGUUUUUUAAAUAAGAGACUUUUAGAAUUUACACUUAAAAACAGUUAAGACAGCUUCAUUCUGUAUUGUUCAUGGUAAUUGGACACUCAUUACAGAAGGGAAGCUGCAACUUACAGGAUGAAUAUUUUAGAGGGGUUUUUUUUAAUCCUAACUUAUGUUAUAAAGACUAAUUACAAGGCAGUUGAGAUUAUCUUUUAAAAAGGGAAGAUGAGUAAAAGAGACAGAUUUUAUUUUUUUCUGGAAGUGGAAAGGCAGAACUGAAGCAGAAUUCCCUGACCUCACACAUGUUCCAGAUGUGUUGAGCCAACCACCACUGGAAAGGCCAGACUGGUGCUAAAAUUACCUCCUCAGUGCAGUUGUGCUUAUGCACAGUACAGUUCAUGUUACCUACACUUUCUGCAGACUGUUUUUAAAUCUAAAACAAAUUAAAAAAAGAAAUUAAUUAAAACAAUUUAAGCAUAGUAGCAAAAUAUAUUUGUCAUUAAUUACAUUUCUUAUUUUCCUGGUAAGACAUUAAGAGUAGAUGAGAUCUUUAGUAUUAAGGAAAAGGACCUAAACUAUGUUCCUAUCAAAAUUUAAUUUGAAGCAUGACAAUCAGAGUAACUGCUAAUAUUGCUUUUCUCACUGGCAUAAGGAAAGUAAUCUUCUGUAUGAACAGUGUAAUUCAGUAAAGGAAAAUAAAAUUGUUUUAUCGUGAAGAAUUACUAUUUUCAUUUGUCAUUUUGGUCAAUAAAGUAUGCAAAGCAGA